AUGGAGGAAAUCGACUGCGUGGUCGUCGGUGCCGCUCACUCUGGCUUGGCAGGAUGGUACGGCUUGGGCGCUGCACAGCAGUUCCACAACACCCAGCCUGAAUGCUCAUUGGCCGUCUUCGACAGCCAGUCUUCCCUCGGCGGUACGUGGGCAGACGAUCGUCUCUAUCCCGACUUGAAAAGCAAUAACCUCUUGGGCACCUUCCAGUAUCCGGGCUUUCCCAUGAGCCCUGGCAAGUUCAAUGUCAAGCUUGGCGAACACAUCCCAGGAGAGGCCGUCAACGCCUACCUCAAGGCCUACGCCACGCACCAUGGCAUUGCUGACCUGAUCCGCCUGGACACCAAGGUUCUGUGCGCAGAGCACCAAGAUACAGCCGACGGAGGGUGGAUCUUGACAAUUGCGACGUCGACCCAAGACGAAAAGGAGAAGAAGGUCUUCGCACGACGGCUGAUUCUCGCCACUGGACUGACUUCCGAGGCCUUCCUCCCGCAUUUUGAUGGCCAGGAGGAGUUCGGCGGCAGAGUGUUCCACAGCAAACAUUUCAAGCAGAAUAGCGACACUCUGAAGACUUCCAAGGCUGUGACCGUGUUUGGAGCCACCAAGUUCGCUUGGGAUGCUGUCUAUUCAUACGCCCUUGCCGGCGUCAAGGUGAACUGGGUAAUCCGAUCUAGUGGCCAUGGACCUUGCUGGAUUUCUCCGCCGCAUGUAACACCUCUGAAGAAGUGGAUCGAGAAACUGGCGAAUACGCGCUUUCUAACCUGGUUCAGCCCCUGUAUAUGGGGUGCAGCCGAUGGGUAUACCAGUGUUAGGGAUUUCCUUCACGGCACUUUUGUUGGACGCUUCAUUGUGGACACAUUCUGGAAAAUCCUGGGCGGCGAUGUCAUGACUUUGAACAACUAUGACGCGCACCCGGAUACUGCCAAGCUGAAGCCUUGGACCGAAGCCAUGUUCACAGGUGCCAGCUUCAGCUUGCUCAACUUCGACCAUGACAUCUUUGAACUAGUGAAAAGCGACAAGAUCGAUGUCCACGUUGGCGAGAUCGAUCACCUGAGUCCUGGUAGGGUCCAUCUUGCGGAUGGGACCGUGUUCGAGUCCGACGUGCUUCUCGCCAAUACUGGCUGGAAACAUGUGCCGCCUAUGAAGUUUCUGCCCGAGGGCAUUGAGAAAGAGCUGGGGAUCCCUCACAAAUUGGUGGACAAUGCGCCUCUCGAAGAUCUUGCAAAUCAACGCAAGCUAAUCGCACGGGCCGACAAGGAGAUCUUACAACGCUUUCCGCGACUUGAGCGCCAGCCGGUGUGGAACAAGCAUUAUGUACCACUGACCGAACAGAAGGGCAUCAACAGCAAGGACGACAUCACACCGUGUGCACCCUUGACGCCUUACAUGCUCUACCACUUUCUUGUGCCGCCAAGUCCACGCUUCCUACGGAACCGUGAUACCGCCUUUACUGGAAUCAUCUCGAACUUCAGCAACCCUAUCACGGCUCACCUGAGUGGGCUCUGGAUCAGUGCCUACUUCGCCGGCAAGUUAACAGUGGAUCCGUCCGUCACCUUGCAUGAUGAAGCUUCUCUAGAGAAGUUACAAUAUGAGACUGUAUUGUACAAUCGCUGGGGCAAGUGGCGAUAUCCGACGGACUGGGGCAACAAGAACCCCAAUUUCAUAUUCGAUGCUGUUCCGUAUCUGGACUUGCUGCAGCGUGAUCUUGGACUGAGCCCCUUCCGAAAACCGGGUCGCUUGGCUGAGAUGACGGAUCCGUACGGCCCCGAAGAUUACCAGAGCAUCACGGACGAAUGGCUAUUGAAGCAGAAGGAGGUAAAGUGA